CAGGAUGAGGAAGAGGACCAGAGAGCAUGAAGCUGGGUCACCUGACUCUGACCAGCCAACCAAGAUGUUCUCCAAGUGUGAGGUCCAGGGUCUGCUCCAGCAGGAAGUGCAAAGUGCUAUGAAACAGUCUGAAUCCAAGAUGGAGUCGCUACUGGAGAGAGUUCAGCUACUGGAAUGUGAACCUAAAUACGACCUGGUCAUACGCAGACUGGAGGCUCACAUUAAGAAGGUGAAGAGGAGGGGGGAUGCUGCCAUCUCUUACGUCAGGAUGCUACGAGCUCCUGGAGUUAAACACAAUCAGAGGAGGCUGGGUUCUGGUCUUGUGGACCUGACUGAGACUGAGAAAGGACUGAGCACUGUGGACAUCAGCAGGUCAGAUUCUGAUGAGGAAGACUCGGCUGAGAAGCAGAGGAAGAGGAAGGUUGUAGAUGGUUUCUGGCAGAAAAUGAUGUCCAAUAAAAAAAACCCAGACAGGAAGAAAGAAAAAGAGAGGAAUGGAAAUACUGUACUGAAGGUCGAGGCGUCUGCCGUACCGGUGACCAGACCGCCAGCCACAUCGCCAGUUAAAACGGAGUGCACGGUGAAGAUGGAAACCACCGCGGCCUCCUACUCCAUCCCCCAGAAGCCCCUUGUGCACCUGGCCCGUAUCCGAAACCCUGCCCCGUGUCUGGUCAUCCAUUGGAGGGUCACUGAGGAAGACCCCGCGGCGCCCGACAUGGACAGUUACAGUAUCUACAUCGCUCAGGAGAGUCAUAGCAGCAGCGUCUCCCCGUCCUGGAGGAAUGUGGGUGUGGUCAAGGCCCUGGCCCUGCCCAUGGCUGUCACAGUAACCAAGUACCAAUCGGGUACCACCUACGUCAUCGUGGUGGGCAAGGACCGGUAUGGUCGCUACGGGCCGUACAGCGACGUACAGACUGUCCUCCUGGCAUAG